AUUAUGCCCUCGGAAAAUCUUGUGCGCGCUAUUGACGACAAACGGCUCAUGUCAAUGGGCAACUUGCUGCAGCAGCCAAACGCAUUAGACGGCGAGCUGGCUGGACACGCGCUCAAUCCACCAUUUGCAGAUGUUGCAGCCACAUUCAAUGCGGGGUGCGCAUACGAUUCGGUAAUCCGGUGAAAUCGAGGCAAUCGAUCUUCAAGUCGC